AGAUACAUUUUGGCGCUCGCCGCGGUCGGUUGUGUUUUUAUUGGUCGCGCUCUGUUCCUCUUUUUCGAUCGACUACUCUCUCUUUCACUUUAAACUUUCCUCCGCGGCUCUCUUUUAAAAUUUAAAAAUAUUUAAACAAGUGUUAUCAGCAGUCAUUAACAACAACAAUCGAAUAUCAAAAGCAGCAUGACCGAGGGCAAGAACUUACCCCACUCGAGUGCGGAUGUGCCGUUUCGCAGCAAGGAGCUGCGCAAGCAAUCCCUCAUCCAGCACACUGGCCUCGUCGGAGUCAUCGAUGAGGGCACCAAGACCAUUGGGUUCUCGAUCUACACCACACCGGAUUUCAGGGAGAUUGCCGCACACCGAGUGGAACUGAGUGUUAUAACGCCCCAGGAUGGCUGGUACGAGCAGGAUCCGCUGGAGAUGAUGGCCUCCAUUAACAAGUGUGCCGAGGAGGCCAUCAAGCAGCUGCCCGAGGAGGGCUUCUCCGUCAGCGACAUUGCCACCAUUGGAAUCACCAACCAGCGUGAGACGACGAUCGUCUGGGAUGCCAUAACCGGCAAGCCACUGUACAAUGCUCUCCUGUGGAAGGACAUUCGCACCAGCACCACAGUGGAGCAGAUUGUGGCCAAGGUGCAGGACCCGAAUCACUUCCGCAGCAGCACUGGUUUGCCCAUCUCCACGUACUUCUCGGCCCUGAAGAUCCGCUGGCUCAGAGACAAUGUGCCCGAAGUGCGACAGGCCAUUCGGGAGAAGCGUUGCAAGGCGGGCACCGUCGACAGCUGGAUCGUCUGGAAUUUGACCAAUGGCGCUCUCCACAUUACGGACGUGACGAACGCCUCCCGCACUCUGCUCAUGAAUCUUGAAACGCAAAACUGGGACCCGGUGCUGCUCAAGACGUUUGGCAUCAAGGAGCACAUGCUGCCCACCAUCCACAGCUGCUCGGAGGUGUUCGGAAAGGUCACCUCGGAAAGGAGUCCACUGCGUGGCAUGACCUUGAGUGGAAUAAUGGGCAACCAGCAGGCCUCGUUACUGGGUCAGAUGUGCGUGAAGCCAGGACAGACUAAGAACACGUACCGCUCCGGCUGUUUUCUGCUCUGCAAUACGGGUGAUAAGCCUGUCUUCUCGCGUCAUGGACUGUUGACCACUGUGGCUUAUAAGCUGGGACCGCAGGCACCGACGAUAUAUGCCAUCGAGGGAGCUGUUUCGGUAGCUGGACAUGCUCUGUCCUGGCUGCAGACCAAAAUGCGUAUACUGCCAGACUCCAGGGAUGCGGAGAAGUAUGCGGAGAUGGUGCCCACCUCGGGGGAUGUGUACUUCGUGCCCGCUUUCACUGGAUUGUAUGCUCCCUAUUGGCGGCAGAAUGCUAGAGGCAUCAUUAUUGGUUUAACGCAAUUUACCAAGAAAAAUCACAUAGUGAGGGCUGCCCUGGAGAGCAUCUGCUUCCAGACCCGCGAUAUCCUGGAGUGCAUGCAUCAGGAGUGUGGCUAUGAGAUCAACAAACUGCAUGCCGAUGGCAAGCUGACCACAAACAAUCUGCUGAUGCAACUCCAGGCGGACACCAUUGGCCUGCCCGUCUUUCGAUCCCAGCUGAUGGACUCCACGGCGUUCGGCGCUGCCAUGUGUGCCGCCCAGGCGGAGGGAGUGAACCUGUGCCAGUUCGAGCCCGAGAAGCGCUACUACGAGAACGUACACUACGACACCUUCCUGGCCACCACCACGGAUGUGGAGCGCAAGGAGCGCUACGGCAAGUGGAAGCGGGCGGUGGAGCGCAGCCUGGGAUGGGUCAUCAAGCAGAAGAAGACGCGGGAGCACACGGAGGAGAACUACCGGAUGCUGUCCUCGUUGCCGGCCAGUAUCUUCCUCAUCAGCAGCUUUGCCAUGCUGGUGCAUUCCCUGGCCGCCAGUGGCCAUUGAGGAUUUCUAAUCGAUUCUCGGUUGUGAUAGUAAUUACUUUUUCCCCGGAUUUUGUACAUAGUCCUCAAAGGACAAAAAAUGGGUGGUUGUGCGUGCUUUAAACCCUGUAAAUAGUUGCUUACGAAGAGCUGGCCAAGCUCCGAUCUAUUUUAAGUAUCUUCUGACUAUCCUAUAUCGUGUUUUCGUUGCAUAUUAUGUACUUCUUAGCUUAAGUUUCAAUAACGAUGGCUGCAAUAUCAGCGGAAUUGUAUAUAGCCAAAUUGCAAACGACAUUUCUAAUUUAAGUAGGUUUCGUACUCGUAUGUGUAUCUGUAUCUGUAGUGAUUACGCCCCUUAAACAAUAAACAAAAGUAAUACGAAAA